CUCUGCUGUGCUCUGUCUGAACUGCUUUGAGUCAAAGUGCCAAAUACUAAUAGAAUGAAAGAGUGAAGUCUAGCCUAUACUCUGUGUAGUACGUAGUGAUUGAAUACUCUUUGAUAAAGAAAAAUAAUAUUAAUAUUACGUUGUUUUUUAUACUUAUUGUGUAUGACUUUAUGGAAAUUUUUAAUGUCAUUUUUUAAUUAUUAAAAUGAAUUCUUGGAGUCAUGACAGUUAUAACACUGAGAUGAAUCAAAUAAUACCCCCGUUAGUACCUCCAAUGUGUUUAAUGCCUCAUAACAUGAACAUUCCUCCAAUGAACCCAUCACCGAACGCACAUGUGCCCUUCAUAGGACCUGUAGAUAUGAACAUCGAGAACGAAGAAUUGACUAAUGACUCAAACAGUCAUGGUCAAGAUGUUCAAACAAAUCAAUCAGUCGAUGUAUCGAGUACACAGAAUCCAAAGAGGCGGUCUCGUGAACAUUCCAGUUAUAACAGCCGUCGUGAUAAAGAUAGAAGCGCUUCAGGGAGACGGCGAUCAAGAUCACGGGAGCGUCGUGACAGAUACGGCAGAAACGAUAGGAAUGAUAGAAAUAGACAUGAUAGACAUAGAAAUGAUGACAGAGAUAGACAAUCAAAGUGGGAAAAUACUGAUGCUGGUGAAGGACAAGGUGUAAUACUCGGGAAUAACAUGGGAAAUGUGAAUAUGGGAAUAAUGCCAGGUAUGAAUAUGAUGCAGUAUCCUAAUAUGAUAAAUAAUAUGAUGGGACAGCAAUCGAUAGAUGGAUCUCAGAUGCAAAUGGUCUCAAACAUGAAUAUGAUGGGCAGCAUGAUGCCUAACAUGAUGGACCAGAAUAUGAUGAUGAUGAAUCAGCAGAUGAUGCCUGCGAUGAUGGCUAAUCAACAAAUGUUUAUUAGCAAAGGUGUGCUAUUGCCUCCUAUACCUGGUGUUUCAUUACGACAAAGACGUGAUAAACCUAAAGGGUGUCGUACGAUUUUCGUGGGAGGGCUCCCUUCUAAUGUUAGUCAUGACACAUUGAAUGAAAUGUUUCAAAGGUUCGGUACUAUUCAAGAAAUAAAAUCUCCUAAAACUGGAGUCUAUUAUGUUCGUUUUGAACGACAAGAGAGUGUGGAGACAUCUUUUUUACUUACUGGCUUUAGAUUUAAAUAUCAUGAUCAAAACGAAAAUGAAGCUACCACAAUAGUUAUUGAUUAUGCAAUGAACCGUGACGAUCAAAAUGAAUUUGAAAAGAACCAACGUAAAAGAGAGCCCACACCUCCACGUGUUGAACCUUUUACGGCAACUGCAUUGUCAAAUAUAACUGAAAAGAUUAAAAGUGAGACAGAGUUUUCAACAGCUGCAUAUACUUUAGCAGUUUGGUUGGAACGAGGCGAGUGUAGCAAGAAGAAUGCAAAUGCGUUCUACUCACUUAUUCAAGCCAGCAACAAUCAAAUACGAAGAUUAUUUAAUGAGAAGAUGCAACUAGACGAAGAGUUCCUAAACAUGAAGAAUACUAUCAAGGACAAGUUUUCAAAUGUUGUGAUGCAAUUCGAGCAGGUAGCCAAAAUUUUGUCAGCGGCAAAACAUCAACGCGUGUCGGACCAUUUCACGAAACAGCAGCGUCGGAACGUCGAGAUGUGGCUCAAAAUGACAGAGGAGGUAGAAAAUAUAAAGGACGAAUUUAAUGCAAUCUUUGAAGAUGAAGAAGUAGAGAAGUUUGGAAAGAAUGUGGUGCCUAUGGAGCGAUAUGAAGAGUUGAAGAGAGAAAACGAAAAUUUAACAUACGAAUUAGAGGGUUACAAGAAUGAAGCACAUCUCGCAAAAGACGAAGCUGAAAGGAAAUUUGAGAAGUUCAAGGCUCAUUUUAUUGCUCAACAAGCUUUACAGAACAAACAGGUUUACCCGCCGUUACCAUCUCAUCAUAAUGUAGAACCGACAUUAAUAACACCUGCGAAGCCGUUACCACCACCACCAACGCCGGAUGACGACAAAAUUGUCGUAACUGGUCCGUCAGUUCCACCAUCUGAGGCUAAACUCAUAAGCAUAUUGACAGCAUUUCUGAUGGUCCAUCCGUUAGGAGCAUCAUUAGACUAUCUAGUUUCCUAUGUAAGGUCUAUGACUCCAAAUGUAACACAGGCUACUGUUCUGGCAACAUUACAAAAAUACGUAGACAUUUUUCAUUGUAAAACUACGGGUGUUGGUGCCUGUAUUGAGCAUCGAUGGUCUUUUAUAACUUUUGAAACAAUUAAACAAGAAAUGUAAUGUCAUGAUU